UCUUGGUCGGUUACCUCCCUUGAUUGCUAGGCAAGCCAACGAUGUUGCUGAAGGUGUUGACUCUGAACUGUUGGGGAGUCCCUGUAGCAGUUGCUUGUAAGCUGAGAAAUGAAAGAAUGAUAGCCAUUGGUGAUGAGUUGUCUAAAGGAGAAUAUGACAUCAUUUUAUUCCAGGAGAUUUGGGACAAAGCAGAUUAUGAAUUGUUGAAAAAGAAGAUGUCUCCAUCACUCAAAUAUUCUCAUUAUUUCUACAGUGGUGCAAUAGGAAGUGGUUUAUGUCUAUUUUCCAAGCUCCCUAUCCUGGAAUCAUUUUAUCAUAAUUUUUCAUUGAAUGGUUAUGCUCAUAAGAUUCAUCAUGGUGAUUGGUUUGGUGGGAAAGGCCUUGGUAUGUGCAGACUGAAGUAUAAUGACAUCAGAAUUAAUCUGUAUUGUACACACCUGCAUGCAGAAUAUGAUUUCCAGGAUGAUGAGUAUGCUGCCCACAGAGUGUCGCAGGCAUUUGACAUGAGUCAAUUCAUCAAGUUAACAUCUACCCAAGAUAACUGUGAUCUAGUCAUAGUAGGUGGAGACUUCAAUGUCAAACCAGAAUCUCUGGGAUGUCAGAUUAUACAAAGUAACGGACAGCUCUUGGACAGCUGGAUAACUAAGAAAUUUACAAAAAGUCCUGGAAAUGGGCACACAUGUGAUCUGCCAUCUAAUCCCUUUACUGGCCAGAAAGCACUAAAAUUUGAUCCCGAUGGAAAGAGAAUAGACUAUAUUUUGUAUAGGUGCAAUAAAGGUACUUCUGUUACACUAGAAGAAUGCAAUGUUACUAUGGGAACCAUACCAGACAGGAAGUAUCCAUAUUCUGAUCAUGAAGGGGUAGCUGCAAUAUUCAAUGUUGAAAAGACUGAAAGCUCUGCUGGUACAGAAACAAUUAGGGCAAGUAGGAUUGAGGGAAACGUAAACAAUUGUCUAACUGCUAUAGAGAAAGGGUUGAAGAAAGCAUCUAGUGACUGUACAUUCUACACUGUCCUUGCCGUCAUGUCGGUCUUUCUGUUAUACAUCAUAUCAGCUGUCGAAGUCCCAUACGGUCUAGGAUUAGUACGAGGUUUUGUUCUUGUUUUACUUACCUUGACUUUUGGGUAUGCUAUAUGGAACCGUCUGAUUCUAAAUAAAAUGGAGGAAAAUGGACUUAUAAAUUCAAAGAAAGAUAUGGAGAAUUAUUUAGUGUUUCUACAGACCGAGAUGAAAACAUCUUGAUACAUUAAAUUCAUUUCGCUUUAGUUUUUCUUUAUUUAUUACUAUAUUUGUUUCGGGGUAUUUAUUUUUUGUAUGCCUUUUAUCCUAAUGUGCAAAUAUAUGUCUUUCAUUUACAACUUUAUAUCUCUUUAUGAUCAGGUAAUUAGGGAACAAGUUGAGGGAAAAUAUGACAAAUGUAAAGGAAAAUUUAUUUUUGAGCAAUGUUUUUUUGUUGAAAAUUGUUUUAUUAUUACAUACAUGUAUUAAGAUAUUUAAUAAUC